UGUGUAAGACCGAAAUUCAAAGCUAACGAAGAGUAAACCCUAAGUAUUUUACUUAAUUGAUUACGUGCCAGACUUGACACUGAUAUAAGUAGCAGCAGCUGUGCUAGUUUGCUACGCCUCCCUCUCCCUCACUCACCCCCAAACCAUUUCUCCGCGGCACGCAAGUUCGGCCACCUGAGCUGCCAGGCCAACCGGCCUGAUCUCUCCAAGACACCAAGAACACCAGCGCCCGGCCAGCCAGCCAUGCCGGGCGCGGCCGGCGGCGCCACCCACAAGGGCGGCAUCAAGGCCUACUGGAAGCGCCGCGGCUACGACCGCCUCGACGCCGCCGCGGCGCAGCGCCGCCCGCGCAUCCCCACUGCCGAGCUCGGCGGCGGCGAGGCGCGGCCGGAGCCGGGCAGGCGCCGGCGCGGGUGGCGCGUGCGCCGGCGCGCGGGGGCCGCCGGGCGGCGCCUCCUCCGCUUGCUCUCGCCGCGCCGGCUGCUGGCGCGGCUCCGCGACGCCUACGUGAACGCCAUGCUCCGGCUCGCGUCCUCCGCCGCCGUCGCCGGGCCCUACUGCGCCGCGGCCGACCCCUUCGCGCGGCCGCGGCCGCUCACCAGGGACUACGACGAGAAGGCGCUCGUCGAGAUCUACCGGGCCAUCCUUGCGCGCGGGGAGGCCGUGCCGGCGGUCGCCGCCGCCCGGCUGCCCGCGGCGGUCUGAUUUGCCCGAACCGGUGGCGACGCCGACGAUGCCGCCGCGAGCGCAGAGCUGUCGGCACGCCUCCUCUACGCUCUCUACGCUUCUUGGCUCAUGCAAGACUCGUGUAUGCUAGGACUAGGAUUCCUUUCGGCACAGUACAUAGCGCAUGGGCUCGUAUGUCCAAGGGAAAUUCCAGAGCAAUACUGCACUGUAAACUACUCGGAGCGCAUCGCAUCCUUUGAGUAUUUGAAUUUUACUAGAAUCUGGAAGAAACUUUUCGACGAA